AUGGCUUCUGGUCAAGCGACAACAACGUUGAUCAAAUUCGCGCGCUUCAAGAACGCGACCUUGGAGCUUUUCGAGGCGCCCAUCGAAUCCACUGAUUACAUCGCAUUCUCUCACGUUUGGGGCGACUGGUCCUGGCGUUCCAUUAACGGCGUACCGUACGAGGUGAAAGCAUCUCAAGAGAAGGCAAAGUUCAUCGCAAAUGACCUCCCCGCCUUGGUGGGCGACGGUGCCUUUUGGAUGGACACGUUGACUGUCAAUCAACGAAACCCAGUUGAGGUCUUAGAGAUCGUGGAUGUCAUCCCCGAGAUCUUCAGACUGGCAAAAAAGACAAUUGCAGUCAAAGAAUGCGAUGGAUUGUACGACUGCUGCAUCCAAGCUGUUGCUGGGUUCCAAGGCUGGGAAGAGUUCACCACAAGACUUUUCGAGCAUAGCCAUUACCAUGUUGACCAUCUUUGCGCUGAGUCCUACCUUCAGAGGUUGUGGACACUGCAAGAGUGCUUGCUCUCUCAUACAAUUGAAUUCGUGGUUGGAACCGGCAAUCGACCAAAGAAGCUCGCGCUGCGAGAACAGGCUCGCGAUGCUGUUGAUGCUCUCUUUCCGCUUCCGUCAGGAAGCGAAACUCUCGCGAGUGCUCUUUUCAUUCUAGCCCAGUCUUUCUGCGGCUCUAUUGGCGAAAACGCCAUAGAUGAGUUCCUCAAAGCUUAUGUUCAUGGUGGGACCGUUGUCAAUCCACACAGUGCAAAGCGUGGCGCAGAUGAAGACAUCCACUCGAAUGGUUUUGUAGAGGCAAAUCGAGCAUCUCACAGAUCUGCUACCAUGCCUCGCGACUACAUCUUUGCAACCAUGCCCUCUUUCCCAUGGUAUACAUAUCCGAAGAGGGAUGCCUUCUCAAUGUCAUUUGGGGAGAUCUAUUCGGAUCUUUACCAGCAAGCUGAUAGAUCUGGACAUGCCUUUACAUGCAGGUUCACUCGUUCCAUGCUCGAUCCCGCAUGCAUAGAUCCCACGGACGGCUGGCGACCAAGUAAACAUCUUCCAAGUCCGUCGACUCUUGGCGAUUUCCUCAAACUAAUGGGACAACGCGUCUCCGAAGCUUCCAAUGCUUCUUCACCGCAUGUACACGUUACAUCGGCUGUAAAAAUCGAGGAGUUAGAGGAUGAAAGCUCGCCGGACAGUCUCAUCGCCCGGCUAGAAGCUAGUUUCGAACAUUUCAGAGGACAGUGGCUGGAGUCUCACACAAGUGGUGAGCUUACAAAAUUCGGGAAUGAUCCUGACUUUUCAUGGACGCUCAAUCACGCUGAUGCUACGAGAUGUGGUUGGGUUCCUAUUGACACUGAGUAUGCGACACGAGUGUACGACGAGUGCGACCAAAUUCGGUCGAAGAUCGGCCCCGGACUAGGAUUCGAGGAGGGCGAUUGUGAAACGGACUUCAGUAGCCUGGACGAGACUGAGCAAGAAGCCAACAUGGAUGAGGCUGGCGAGUACGUACCACUCUUUGUGCAGGCCAGGAAAAUUCUCGCCCGCAUAUGGCACGCACGUGUGAGGCAUAGCAACCGUGGAGCCCAAGAUAAAGUGUGGGGGGCCUUCAAGCAAGGGAUGCAAGGCCUCUGGUCAUUACCACUGCUACGUUCUAUAAUUCUCCUUGCCGGCAUGGUCAACUGCCGCAUUCCAUUGUCUGCCAUAGCGUGGAUCAACAAGCUCUUCGUCCCCGUCUACAUCCGCCACAGCGAAGAACUGCUUUCCGUUGGUUUCUUAGCAAAGCACGCACGUCAGCCUAAACAACAGCGAACACACCCUUUGUAUCUACUGUGCGUUGGCCAACACCUGCCUUUGCCCGGCGAGAAGGGUUUCGGACAAGACUUAUUUCUCGUAGACCCGGGAACCAAGGUGCCGGUUGGCCUGGUUCCGGAUGUGAUGCCUGACCAGUGCACGCUUGAGACAUUCGUCAGGACCGCGCGUUCCUUGUAUAAUGGGAACUAUACGGAUUUAGGAGAAAACAAAAUGUUCAUCACUCCCCGUCUGCUCUCUGAUGAGCCGUUUGUCCCCAGGGAGGCUUUUGUUGCGAAUCUCCAGUAG